AUGUUUUCAACACAAACAAUCCCGCGGAUACUCUCCCGCACCAGACCAUCAAUACAACGGCAAACCCACCAGACCCGCCUGCUCUCCGCCCUCGCCGCUUCACCAUCCUCAAAAACCCAAGUCUACAUCUCAACCUCGCGCUCCCCUUACACAAACCUGUCUAUCGAGCAUCACCUCCUUCAGACGACGCCCUCCGACUCUACCGUUCUGUUUCUCUACACGAACCGCCCCAGCAUCGUGAUCGGCCGGAACCAGAACCCGUGGCUUGAAGUCAACCUCCCCAAGCUUCAGUCUCUCGGUCCUAACAGCAACGGCGAGGAUGUCAUCGACCUCGUCCGCCGCCGCAGCGGAGGAGGCACUGUUUUCCACGAUGAAGGCAACGUCAACUACUCCGUCAUCUGCCCGCCUGCAAACUUUGACCGCGACACGCACGCCGAAAUGGUCGUCCGCGCCCUCCAGUCCUUGGGGGUCGACGGUGUGGCCGUGAACUGCCGGCACGACAUCGUCAUGACCAUUCCGCCCCCGUCCUCGUCAGAAGCCCCCGUCAAAACGCAGCCGGCAAAUGACACCGCAUCCACGACAUCCUCGGCACCAUCAUGCGCCAAGCCCAAAGUGAACGCAGAAAACACCUUCAAGAUCUCCGGCUCGGCGUACAAACUCACGCGCCUGCGCUCGCUCCACCACGGGACCUGCCUCCUGUCGUCCCCGAACCUCCCGCGAAUCGGCAGUUUCCUGCGGUCGCCCGCCGAGCCCUUCAUCAAGGCCCGCGGCGUCGAGAGCGUGCGCUCGCGGAUCCGCAACGUUGGCGUGACUGACACGAAGACGUUCGAGGAUGCUGUCGUCAAGGAGUUUGGGAAGAUGUAUGGCGAGUUCGAUGUGCGGGCCGAGCUCGGCGACAAGGACGCGCAAGGGGAGGAGAAGAUUCAGAAGGGGAUGAAGGAGCUGGAGUCUCGAGAGUGGAUAUACGGACAGACUCCCCUCUUCACCUUCUCAACUCACCCCUCGGAGGACGACUCACGAGAACGUCCACAGCUACCAGGCAACUUCAACCUCUCAUUCGAAGCCCGCCACGGUCUCGUUCAGAAGUUCUCACUAUCCGACCUAGCGUCCGGCGGGGAUGUAAACAGCCUCUCGGAGUCCAUGGUCAACGCCCAGAUCUGGGAGAUUGACGACUGGGCGCAGCGUCUCCGCGCAGGCGGCCUGAACGGAAAGGACGCCGCGACCAUUGGAGAAUGGUUGAACUCCCUUUUGGGAAAGAAGGACAACAAAUAG